GUGGGUGUGGGUGGGGGUAACCGGCGCGGGCGCCGAGAUAGCGCCGGGCAGAGGGACCUGGCUACCCUGGACAGCGCAUCGCCGCCCGCCCGGGUCUCCGCGCCGCAGCCGCUGCGGAUCAUGAUGCCAGCAAAUUAAUCAUCUGUUUUGGCACUUACAACUUUUUUUUUGAGAGUGAGCUGAAUCUAAUCCGUGCUCCAUAUCAACUUCCGGAAGCUGUCAUGCUCAGCUCACACACGGUCAGGGACCAACCUGCUGGCCCCAAAUCACCAGCAGAGAUCCCUUUCCUGGAAAUACUGGAGCAUCUAAAGGCCUUUGAUGAUGAAAUCAAUGCUUUUUUGGACAAUAUGUUUGGACCGCGAGAUUCUCGAGUCAGAGGGUGGUUCAUGUUGGACUCUUACCUUCCUACUUUUUUUCUUACUGUCAUGUAUCUGCUCUCAAUAUGGCUGGGUAACAAGUAUAUGAAGAACAGACCUGCUCUUUCUCUCAGGGGUAUCCUCACCUUGUAUAAUCUCGGAAUCACACUUCUCUCCGCAUACAUGCUGGCAGAGCUCAUUCUCUCCACUUGGGAAGGAGGCUACAACUUACAGUGUCAAGAUCUUACCAGCGCAGGGGAAGCUGACAUCCGGGUAGCCAAGGUGCUUUGGUGGUACUACUUCUCCAAAUCAGUAGAGUUCCUGGACACGAUUUUCUUCGUUUUGCGGAAAAAAACGAGUCAGAUUACUUUUCUUCAUGUAUAUCAUCAUGCUUCUAUGUUUAACAUCUGGUGGUGUGUCUUGAACUGGAUACCUUGUGGACAAAGUUUCUUUGGACCAACACUGAACAGUUUUAUCCACAUUCUUAUGUACUCCUACUAUGGACUUUCUGUGUUUCCAUCUAUGCACAAGUAUCUUUGGUGGAAGAAAUAUCUCACACAGGCUCAGCUGGUGCAGUUUGUGCUCACCAUCACGCACACCAUGAGCGCCGUCGUGAAACCGUGUGGCUUCCCCUUCGGUUGUCUCAUCUUCCAGUCAUCUUAUAUGCUGACGUUAGUCAUCCUCUUCUUAAAUUUUUACGUUCAGACAUACCGAAAAAAGCCAAUGAAGAAAGAUAUGCAAGAGCCACCUGCAGGGAAAGAAGUGAAGAAUGGUUUUUCCAAAGCCUACUUCACUGCAGCAAAUGGAGUGAUGAACAAGAAAGCACAAUAAAAAUGAGUAACAGAAAAAGCACACAUACUAGCCUAACAGAUUCGCUUGUUUUAAAGCAAAGACUGAAUUCAAAGUUACAUGUUUUAGGAUAAACUAAUUUCUUUUGAGUUCAUAAAUCAUUUGUACCCAGAAUGUAUUAAUAUAUUGCUAUUAGGUUAAUCUGUUAAUGCUUUGAUCAGCAUUGAGGUGAUGCUGACCUCUGAGGACCUCAGAACUGGUGCAGCUUCUCUCUCCCUCCCUCCCACAGACUGAACCGUUCGCCAGAAGCUGUCCUUAUAACGCCUUAUAUGCAUACACAGCCAGGAAAUGUGGAGCAUUGUUUCUUACAGAAAAUCUCCAAAUAAAAAGAGUUUUGUUCAGAUUAAAAUGUUUACAACAAAAUGUUAAUUAUAUUCUAAAUACAGGGUAUGUUCUAAUCUAUAUUAAGCAAUAAUUGCCAGUGCAUAAUCAUUCCAUUUGUUCCUUUAGCAAUCAACCCCAGAAAAUAUUAAAAUAGGAUCAUACACAGAAGAUAGAAAAAUCUAGCAAAACUUCUCUUUCUGUAAGCCAGAGUCUUGUCUAUCAAAUUCCCCCAACCACUCCUGAUUCUAAAUUUAGUGAUAUGGUAAUGAAAUUGGUAUUUCUUUUAUUUUAAAUAUUAGUUUUUCUAAGGAGAAAAAAAAUGCUUCUGCAAGAUUUUCAUAAUUCAGGGGCUUUGGAUAGGAUUGUUCCUCUGUUUCCCUAAUCAUUCAUCUGUUCAUGUCUCCCUCUUGUGCCAGUCAGCCUAGGUUAUAAAGAUGCCAUGCUCCACAGCACGAGCAGUGUACAAAUCUGGCUGCCCGUUUCCUUUCUGAGCAAUCACUGGAGUCCACUCUGACCUCUUUCUUUGAACAUGCAUGCUGCUGUAAUAUGUAUAAAUCAGAACUAGCAGAACUAGCAGAGUGAUGGGAGCAAAAUAAGCACUGAAUUUGUCAACUCUUUUUUUGUGAGCCUACUUGUGAAUAUUACCUCAGAUACCUGUUGUCACUCUUCGCAGGUUAUUUAAGUUUUUGAAGCUGGGAGGAAAAAGAUGGAGUAGCUUGGAAAGAUUCCAGCACUGAGCCGUGGGCCGGUAAUGAGCCACGAUAAAAAAUGCCAGUUUGGCGAACUCAGCACUCCCGGUUCCCUGCUCAGGUAUAUGCGAUCUCUACUGAGAAGCAAGCACAAAAGGAGACGAAAGUAUUCAUGAGUAUUUCCUUUCUCCGUAAGUGCAGGACUGUUACUUACUACUAAACUCUAUCAAAAAUGGAAACAAUAUUUUCUGAAGAUUUUUUUGAAGAUUAAUUUAUACCCUAUAAAAUAAAACUUGUCAACUUCGAUGAAGUCACUUCAUCUUCUCUCCUUCCUUAUUUUUUUAAAUAAGUUUUUAGGUCCUGACACUGACAUCAAAUACAAGCUCACCAGAAAGGCAUUUCCACCACCGUCCCCACUCAUUACCGUCCAGAGUGCCUUUCUCUCUUGGCUUUCCCCCCGCCCCUCGAGCUCUAGUUUUAAACUUUUUCCUGUUAAAAAAAUUGUACUUUUAUUUCAUGUAAACUACCCCUCUGAGGAUUUGGGCAUAUUUUUUGGACGGUGCCUAAUGAUUAGGAUAGUCUCGAGGGUGAUGCACUUACACCUGCUUCCUUCCCCUCAGUGUGGCCAACCCAUUUCUGUUGAACAGAUGUCUCCUGUGUGAUGCCCCUGACUCUUCCAUUUAUCUUUCUAAAUCAUUUUCUGAAGCUGACUUGCUCUAGGGUACUUCAUCACCGCUUCCAUCUUGCAUCACCUUAUAACUGUACUGUCUUGUUCUCUCCCAGCAAUUCAUUUCAAAACAAGGGCUAGCUUCAAGCAUGACUGUUACGGCUCCUCUGUGACAAAACACAAGUUGGACCAAGGAGAAAGCCCUUUGAAGAAACUGGACCCUAGUUCAGUUUAGAUCUCGAAUAUAGGCUAAAAUCUCUUACCAAAGUGCAUUCCAGGUGAAAAUGAGACUUAGAAGACAGACCGGUCUAAUAUGCUCACUGGUCAUUACAUUCAGCUUAUUCUUACUUGCCAGUGAGGCCCUAAGGUCUCAGUGCACAGCAUACCUGCCACUUUGGAUGUUUUCCUGGGCUUCAUAUCUGUACGGCAAGGAGGGAGCUGUCCUUCAGCAGACAAAGUCAAGCAGCUUUAAGUACAAGGCAGCUUGAAACCUCUCUGAUGAAAGUGAAAAAUGUGGGUAGUUUAUAUUUUCAAACUAAUGUCAGAGACUAGAGAGAGGUUUCAUUCAUGAUGUGUAUUUCCAAUUUGGUCUUUAAUUCAAGAGAUGCUUCAUAAAACACUUAUAGCCUUAAACCAUUCAAGGGCUAAUUAAAAAAAUAGAGAGUUAUGAAAUCUUAGCCACAAAAAAUAAAUCAGGUAAACAUUUUAACCCGUUGUUAAGUGUUGUAACUUCAAAAAACCAAAAUGCUUAUUUUAAUGUGAUUUUUCUAAAACUAUUGAAAAAAUAUUUCUAUAAUCUAUUAAAGAAAAAAAAUAGAGAAUGUUUUCUCUCAAAUUUCCUCUGACCCAUGGGAAUGAAAAUACUUAAAUACUGUAAAGCAUAUCUAUUAAUAAUUCCCCCAAUUUUUUAAACUAACAAAAUGGAAUGUUAACUGAAUGGAAUUAAACAUAGCAAUUGUCAAGCCAUCAAAAUUAUAUAUUGAACCACUUAGGCAUGUUACGGGGUAAAGUCCUCACCCCUGCAUUUGAGAAAUAUUUAUUUAUUUUUAUUUUAAGGCAAAACAGUAUUUACUGUGAUGGGCAGAACAGCAUUUUGUAUCUAAGAGUCCAUUUUAGUUCUUUCCAAUAUUUCCAUAUCGUUCUGUGAAUGUUUUUGGGGGCUUUCUUAUUUGGAAAAUAUGGAUAUCACUUUGUUUUCCUUUGAAAGUAAUUAUAUCUUAAGAACAUAGUAUCAUGAAUGGAGUAGACAGGGAGGCUGCAGAAGCCAUUUUUCUUUGUAGAUAAAAAGCAUUAUCUAUGACUGUUGUAUAAUAAAUUGAUUUUUACAUUAAA